CAGGAUUUGCUAGUGCUCUGUGCAGCCACUAUGUUGACCAGUGUAGCUGCUGUUGAUGCCGAGGAAGAAAACAUGACUGUAACAGAAGAUUUUAGUAGAGUAGAAAAUACUUACCAAAUGGAAGCAGAGGUCUGUAUCAUAUUCAGUGAUUUUGGAAAAAUGCAGAAUGUUUGCAAUCUACUCACUGAAAAGUUAGGAACCUCUGUUACCAUCAGUCCACCUCAUUUCUACCAUACACCAGAAGCCAUAGACACCCUUCGCCGUCAAGUAUGUGUCACUGCCGUUGGAAACACGCGCCGGAAAGCCCAGGAAGUAUGUCGACUAUUUGGCCAGGCAUUGGGAAAGCCUUUAUUGAUAAAAGAAGAAGAAACAAAAGAAUGGGGAGGCCACAUAGACAGUCACCUGUCACACUCUGCUGAUUCACAGACUCUGCAGGAAAGAAUCCAGAAUGCUACUGCUUAUGCUUCUUGUAGAGUGUUUGCUGUGUUUGAGAUAAAGGGAAAAGAAAACAGGAGAAGCAAGAUGCUCUAGAAACCUUCAAAUCCUAUGCAUUUUCUCAAUAAAAUUUUUAUGCUUUCUUGUG